GAUUCCCUUUAGCGUGGGCGGAAGGAUAUGUGAGGGGCGAGUUCAAACUGCGACAGAACCGGCCGGUAAAGUGGCGCGCUCCGGCGUCUACUCUGUUUAUAUGGGCAUUGGUUGCGUUUAAGUCCUGGUUUUUCGCUUUGUGAUUUUUUUUCCUUCGCUUGGAGAUUUCUACGGAGUAAUCGACGAGCCGUACCGGUAUAUUUGGGAAGUAACCAUGAGCAGCGUGCUGCUCUCGUUGCCCAGCAUUGCACCCAGCGUGGAUGUGCCGGCGAAGCUCCAUCAAGCUAAGGCGGACAAACCACCGUUUGAAAAGCUGUACAGACUGGGCACGGUUCUUGGCAGUGGAGGGUUCGGGACGGUCUACUCAGCAGUCCGCAUGGCCGACAACGCGCCGGUGGCAGUCAAGCACGUGAGCAAAGAGAGAGUGACAGAUUGGGGAACCUUGUGUGGUGUGCCAGUUCCCUUGGAGAUAGUCCUGCUGAAAAAGGUGCAGGCAUUUUGUGGUGUGGUUCAUUUGCUCGACUGGUGGGAGCUCGCUGACAGCUGGCUGAUGGUGAUGGAGCGACCUGAGUCCGGGCAGGACUUAUUUGACUACAUAACAGAACGUGGUGCACUGGAUGAGUCCGUAGCACGCAGCUUCUUCCAGCAAGUGUUAGAGGCGGUUCGUCACUGCUACACUUGUGGUGUAGUUCACCGAGAUAUCAAGGAUGAGAACCUGCUGGUGGACCUGAGGACGGGUCAGAUCAAACUUAUCGACUUUGGAUCUGGGGCCCUCCUUAAAGAUGGACCCUAUACAGACUUUGACGGUACAAGAGUUUACAGUCCUCCAGAGUGGAUACGGUUCCGUCGGUACAAUGGCCGUGCUGCUACUGUUUGGUCCCUGGGUGUGCUGCUGUAUGACAUGGUGUGCGGUGAUAUCCCCUUUGAGCAUGACGAGGAUAUCCUGAAGGGUCAGGUCUUCUUCAGAAGCAACAUAUCCACAGAAUGUCAGCAGCUGAUAAACUGGUGUCUGGCCCAGCAGCCAUGUUCCCGACCAACUUUGGAACAGAUCUUCCUCCACCCCUGGGUUACCAGCAACAGUGAUGACCACAAGAGCAAAGCAGACAAUGAGAGCACGACACUGAAUAUAAAUGAUGCCUCUUUCCCCACCUCCAGCCAGCAGAGCGUCUGACUGGUCAAUACAAGCCUCUUCCUCAGUGCAUUUUUACAGUAUUUUAACUACCUUUGAAUUUAGUCCAUGAUAAUGGGGCCAAUGUUGUUUACUGAGUCUGGAACAGACUAGAUUAUUUUCUUGACAGCGCAUCUUUGCACUACAGACAUAUUUUUCUUCAUUUGAUAGAGCAGUCACUUUCUAUUUUAGGAUGAAUUAUUUGAUACGUCACAUCAAAUGUGUAAUUUGUCUUGUUUCUGCCAGAAGUGCCUAUGUCUUGAAUGCUGCCAUGUUGGAUGUUGGCAUCUUUGAACAGUCUUUUCCAAAUGGUUGAAGUAGAUGUUGAAAGCCAAAAAGUCUGAAUGAAAAUAUUUCUGUUGUUUUUACUUAGUAUUUCUUUUGUGUUGUGAGUUUGCCCUCAGAAAUAUAUAGACGUUUGGUUGACUGAAAUCGACUACUAGGGCACAUUCAAGAUACCGUUUCAUCUUUCUUACUGUCUUUUUAAACUCUUAACAAUCACUUCUGCAAAGAAGUCAACAACACUCAACAAAUGUUUCUAUUUUCAACUGUUUUGUGUUUCUAUCACAUGUUGCCCAAGUCCGAACCAUAGGCUGUUGAUGUCUUUAAAUUUUAUUUAAUAUAGUAUAGUCAACCUAAACAGCUAAUAACUUCCAGUUACUGGGCGGAAACGCGUUAAAUAUUUGAUGUUUGUAAAGAGGUGUGUCGGGUUUAAACUUUCAUUCUAAAAAAAAGCCUCAGCUUUUGAAACAAUCUAAUUUCCGUAUCUGUGAAGACUGAAGGGUAAAUCUUGUUAGGAAGUUCCAAACCUGUUGAGAAUGUUGUUUAUGUUGUAUCUUUAUUGAUGAAUUAAUGUUUCACUUUUUCUCGUGCUAAUGGAUUUGAUCCGAAUGUGACUUCUCAGGUACUUCAAGACUGUUUACUAGUGAUUGCAUGUAUUUGUAUAUGGAAGCUAAAAAUGUCUAUUUUUCUUUUGAAUUUUGUUGGGUUUGAGGGUUUUUUUUGUUUUUCCCUACGAAAUACCUCACCUGUUUGUGUGAAUGUUAGACUUGAUGCACAGUUAAUGCAAGAUGUUCAAUUACAGAAAUGUUUUUCUUCUAAUUUUUACAAGUGUUGUACAGUUAUUUAUUUUAUUUCAAGAUUUCUUAUUUUAAGUUUUUAUAUCGGUUUUCCAAAGCAGCUGAAACUUUGUACUGACUUUGACCUCCUUACAUCUUUUGAUAUUUUUUUUUUCUCAGAAGUCUUUGAAUAAAAAAAAUAGUAG